CGUGUGCACUCGGCGUAUUCUCCCACUAGGUCGUAUUCUCCCACUAGGUGGCGGUUAAAGCGGAUACGAAUUGCAAGCGUUUAGCCGCCAUUCUUUGUUUUUGUUUAGCCUCACCUAAAAUCUAACGUAAUCUGCCUUCAAGACAGAUUUCAAGAUGACUGUGGGGCGUAGCUCUAAGAUGUUGCAGCACAUCAACUACAGGAUGCGAUGCACCCUGCAAGAUGGCCGCACCUUUAUAGGAACAUUCAAAGCGUUUGAUAAACACAUGAACUUGAUCCUUGGAGAUUGUGAUGAGUUCAGGAAAAUAAAACCCAAAAGUUCCAAACAGGGAGAGAGAGAGGAGAAGAGAGUUUUAGGGCUUGUGUUACUGCGGGGUGAACACCUUGUUUCUAUGACUGUGGAAGGACCACCUCCAGCUGAGGAGGGAGUUGCUAGAGUGCCAUUAUCUGGAGCAGGUCCAGGACAAGGAAUUGGCCGUGCUGCUGGCCGAGGCAUAUCUGGACCCGGAGGCUCUGGUGGUCCAGGAUUACAAGGACCAGCUCGUGGAGUGGGUGGACCUUCACAACAAAUGAUGGCUCCUGGGGGACGCCCACCAAUGAUGGGUGGAAUGAGAGGUGGUAUGAUGCGUGGUGGCCCUCCUCCAGGAAUGAGAGGCAAGUUGACAUUUGAGAAGUGGAAUAACUUGUAGAGAUUUUACAUUUUAUUUAUCAUUACACAAUCGCUACAAAAUAAGUAUUGAAAUUUUUUCAACAUAUACUGCUGUACUGGAGCUGUCAAAGAAUUUAUUGAAAUUCAAUACUCGACAUAUGGACAAAAUUAGACCCCCAUCCACCCAAAACAAAUCUGUUUUCUGAGUUCUCUUUAAUCAUAUAUUCUUACACUAGUCUGCUUCAGCAUGAUCCGUUUUGAUAUUUAGGUAGAAUCAAAUUAAAGAUCGAAGAAAAAAAGAUCUCUGAAUUAGGUGUUCAUGUCACACUCGACAAUUGGAAAUCGAGGUUGCUGCUUGUCUAUGUUUUAUUGACAUCUACAUGCCUUGUAGACUUGGAGGAUGCUUUGUCUGUCACUGAUAAAUUCUGACUCAUUAAUCAUAGACUGACAAAUCAAUGUCUGCACAUUCCAUCAGUUGUAGCAAGAAAGAUAACUCCCCCAAUCCUAAAUUUCUACAGAUUUUUUUUUCAUAGGAAUGAUAUCUCUCUUCACUAUCAAGUUAUAGAAAUGUUUGGUGUCAUCUGCAUCUAGUUUGUGAUGUUAUACAUACAUAAAUUAUACACCAUUGGGUUUUUUGUUUUGGUUUAUGAAAAGAAGCCGAAAAAUAAUUACACAUCACAGGCUGUGAUCUUAGAAAAUGUUAAUUGAAAAAAUGAGUGAUUUCAUAUGUGUGUGUGUGUGUAUAUAUAUAUAUAUAUAUAUAUAUAUAUAUAUAUAUAUAUAUAUAUAUAUAUUCGGAAGUUUUAAAUGAAAGAUAUUCACGAAGUCUUCAUCAUUUCACAAAUUUCAGUGAUAGGGUCAUGUGCACCUAAACUACUUAUGUCAAAUGGGUUGGUAUUGAUUUUUUGAGUUGUUCAGAAACAGCUGCAGGGAGUUGGCUUUUCCUGUCCUCCUCUGUAUCAGCGUGUGCUACAAGUCAUCGGAGCUAGCAGAUCACCCUCAGGCUUGGCAGAUGUAAUUCUGUAAUGUUUCAAUUUAGAUGGGCUAUCCACAUACACACACCAAAUUAUUACAUCGAGGUUUUAAGUGAAAUACCCCCAGGCCCACCAUUAUUUCUGAUGGCUAAAUCAGCCUCUGGUCACCAUUACUGGUGUAUUUUCAAGGUAUAAAUGUAACAUUGUUCAUGUCAAAGAACUUUGGUAUUAAAAAUAUGGAUGUAUCUGUUAUCUCUUGAAUGCACAAGCAGGAGAGAUUCUAGAGGAUGGGAAUAUUUUCCUACACACAAAUUACGUUAGAGCAUUGAUAGGAUGGCUGACUUUGAACUUCUUCCUUGGGGCUCUGGAGUUAUUUCUGGGAGCUGAAGGAAUUGACUUUGAAGAGGGAUGUUUACAUUAUGAAUGUUUUAUUAAGGAAGCACUUUUUACAUUUAUUCAAUGCAUAUUGAAUGAUUAUAAUUGCAAUUUUUCAGGUCCCCCUCCUGGCAUGGGAAGGCGAUAAACUGACAGAGAGGGAGAGGGUGUAAAUGGAAUGCGUGUGCUAGGGUGUGAGAGGACUUUCUACAUCAACAUUAGUGAGCCAGUGAACAGUUUUUCAUUGACCAUGAAGAAAUCAUUUCAGAUCAUGCAUUAUGUUGUUUUUAUGUAAAUAAAGCAUAUAAAUCCUUUUAA